AUGGGUUGGUGUUUCUUCAUCUUUCAAGUCAUAUCCUUCUUCUUGAAAUCAUCUGCUGAACUAAUAACAUCUCUCCCUGGCCAACCUUCCAACGUCUCUUUCAAGCAGUACUCUGGUAACAUUGUCACAGACGCCCGCAAUGGCAGAGCCCUUUUCUACUACUUUGUCCAAGCUGAUGUUUCCGAACCUCUCUCUCGUCCCCUCACCCUCUGGCUCAAUGGAGGUCCUGGUUGUUCUUCUCUUGGUUUCGGAGCAUUCAUGGAACACGGCCCUUUCCGGCCUGGCAACAAUGGGUUGUUGAUUAAGAAUCACUACUCUUGGAAUUUGGAAUCCAAUAUGUUAUACCUCGAGACCCCAAUAGGAGUUGGAUUUUCCUACUCGAACACAAGUGAAAACUACAUCGACUGGAACGAUACAAAAACAGCCCAAGAGAAUCUAAAUUUUCUUCUUAGCUGGUUUGAAGAGUUUCCCAGAUACAGGGAUUCAGACUUAUAUUUGACUGGGGAGAGCUACGCAGGUCACUACAUACCUCAGCUUGCAGCACUCGUGGUGGAGUACAAUAAAAAGCCAAACAUCAAACCAAUCAAGCUCAAGGCCAUUGCUCUUGGGAACCCACUUCUAGAUUUGGACAUUAGCAUCAACGCCGGCGAGUUUUUGUGGUCACAUGGAGCCAUUUCCGAUGAGACGUUAAUGCUCGAGCGGACCGUCUGCAACGAUUCUAGGUAUCUGAGGGAGUAUGUCCAUGAUAAAUGGUCCCAAGGGUGUAAUGACGUGUUUAACCGAGUUGCAGAUGAGAUCGGGGAUGAUAUCGACCGUAGUGAUUUGCUCUUGUCACGGUGUGUCUCGGCCAGCACUGCGCAGCAAUCGAUUUCCCAAGGACUGCACCGGAAAAUACAGGCCAAGCUGGCGAGGGGAAGCAAUGGUGAUCCGUGCCUUCAAGAUAGAGUAUUGGCCUACCUGAACAAGCCCGAAGUCCAGAAAGCCCUUCAUGCUAACACCACCGGCCUUCCAUUCCGCUGGGACUUUUGUUUAGGGUCUCUUGUUUACCAAGAAGAUAACAUGGACAUGAACCUCAUACCCCUCGUCUCCUCUCUUCUCAAAGAGGGAAUCCCAAUCAUGUUUUUCAGUGGAGACCAAGAUACGAAAAUUCCACUGACCCAAACGAGAAUAAUCGCCAAUCAACUAGCCCAGCAGUUAAAGCUCUUUGCCUUAACACCAUACGCCCCUUGGUACAACAAGAAGCAGAUUGGAGGAUGGGCUCAAUUAUUUGGUGGGCCAAGAGAAGGCAAGAACGUGACAUAUAUCACAUUUGCGACGGUCAGGGGUGCUGCACAUGAAGUCCCAUUCACAUCUCCAUCACAAGCGCUCACGUUGUUCAGAGCUCUUCUGGGAGUAAACCCUCUAAGGAUCCACCCUGGUGACCUCUAGGUUAAGAAACUGAGUCUAAAGAAUUCCUAAGUUCUCUUGUUUGACAUAUUUAUUUUUAUUCAAAAUAUAAUUUUUAAAUAUUAUCUUCUUAU